AUGAUAGAGGUCCAGACCUCACUGGGGAUUUUUGAGGGAAAGACUGGCCAGGUCUUUCUUAGUUAUGACCAAACAGCAUUAGACCAACGUAAAUAUUAUAAAGGCGGCAACCUAAUUGCUUGGUCGAUUGCACAUGGAGGUCCAUGUAUCAAAGCCCUGGAUCCCAGCCUCUUCCAGCUGAUGUGUGGCCAGGACCCUCCAUUGGAGGAGUUUGACUGGAGUGUGCUGCCUGACCAAGAUGUGCAAAGCAAUGUCAAAAAGAUCUUACAGGUCAAGACUACAGGGGACCUUGCAGCACUCCAGCAAGACCUUGGGGACUGGAUUGCUGAAUGUGGCGUUCCAGGCAUAUUUACAGCCACUAUUGAAGAUGUACCAAAAAUCUAUGCAUACGUUGUGAAGCACUACAUCUUUCUCAGAACAGCCAAGAUGAUCAAUCAAUUCACUGAUGGAAUGAAUGCAUUUGGAAAGCUGUGGGACCUGGUGAGAAGCAACUGGAUUGCCUUCCUACCGUUGUUCACAAACAUGCAAGAACCUCUGUCAAAGGCGGCCUUCAAAGCCAUCUUUACUUUCAGCUACAGCAGGAGAGGGAGCAAUCAUCGUGAAGCAGAGGAGGACACCAUCUACUGCUGGGAGAUGGUCCUGAACAUGAUUGAAGACAAAGUGACCAAUUUAAGAUUUGAAGAUCUCCUCAUUUUCAUCACUGGAGCAGAUGAAGUCCCUGCCCUUGGCUUUCCAAGUAAACCGUGCAUUGACUUCUUUGAACAGGAGGCAGGCCAGCACCGUUUGCCGUAUGCUUCAACCUGCAGUAUGACAAUAUACUUGCCACGGGGUGUCACACAGGAAGAGGAUCUACACCAGAUGCUUUCAAUGGCCAUAAAGGAAUCCUUGGGAUUUGGAAAAGUUUAA